GUUUCGAGAUUAGCCACAGUCGUGUUCAACUUCGCGUUACAAAAACGUUUCUAAUUUGAAAGAAAGCAGCAACAAAUAUAGUGGCAAAAGUUAGCAACAAUGCAAUAUAAAAGUGCAAACUCACGCACAUUAGCUGCAAUGAAAGGACUUUUAAUUGUGUUUGCCUGCGUGAGUGUUACACAUUGCGUAGAAUUUUACACGGAAAAACCUUCUUAUAUGCAAACGUGUCGAAUCAAUGACCCCGAAUUCGUGAAAUGUUCCACUUCCAGUAUACAAAAGUUAAUGAUCCAACUGGGCAAAGGUAUUCCGGAGGUUGAGGAAGUAAUUGGUACAUUUGACCCGUUGAAGGUCAAGGAAAUACAGUUCGCACAGGAUAAUCAAGGUGCUGUGCAACUGCAUGCCAAUCUCACUGAUAUGGUGGCAACUGGACUGUCGAGUAUGAUUAUUAAGGAAAGCAAGGUCAGCAAGAAGGACUACAGUUGGGAGACUAAAGUUUUUAUACCCAAGCUACGUUUGGAGGGUCAAUACAAAAUGUCUGGAAAGAUACUUUUGAUACCAUUGAACGGAGCCGGACAUAUGUUCAUUGAAAUUGAAAACCUGAACUUACUCAUGCGCACCAAAACUCGACUCUAUGAGAAAGGCGGUUUCACCUUCUACAAUGUCACUAAGCUGCGCAUGGAUUUGAAUCCAGGCGGUGUAAAAACGAAUUUUGAGAAUAUAUUCAAUGGUAAUAGCAAAGAAGUGGAACGUAGCACCAAUCUUUUCUUCAAUGAAAACUGGCGUGAGUUCUUCGAAGCGCUGCGCCCGCUCAUAACGGAAACUGUGGAAACAACCAUGUUGGAAAUAUUGCAAAAGGUCUUCCAUUUGAUACCAGCGAAUUUCUUCGUUGAAGAUAUACCAACUUCGACAGAAUUGUACAAAAAAGGAAAGAAAAAGUAAACACUAUUUUAUUAAAUAAAUUACAAAUACUGGAAGUAAUAAAAGAGAGAAGAAGCUUCAAACUGAAA